AAAUCGACCAAGAAGACGACCAGCGGCGCCCGGACGGUGAAAUGGAAGCCCCCCCUGGAGCGGGAGCCCAGCGCCGCCCCCAGCACCAGGCACAGGAAGCAGCUGAUCAAGGGGAAGGAGAAGAAGAAGCCGGGGAGACCCCCCAAACACCCCGGGGGCUGCGGGGGGGGGCGGGGGGUGCGCAGCCGCAGCAGCCGCCGCUGUGGGCUCUGUGAGCCCUGUUUGCGCCCGGGCGACUGCGGCCGCUGCGACUUCUGCCGGGACAAGCCCAAGUUCGGGGGCCAGAACCUCAAGCGCCAGAAGUGCCGCUGGAGGCAAUGCCUGCGCUGCGCCAUGAGGCGGCUGCUGCCGAGGGGGGGGGGCCCGGGGGGGAUCCGGCCUCUCCCCCCCUCCAGGCCCCUCCCCCUCCGCUGCCCCCCCCGACCCGCCCGGAGACGCUGCCCCCCCCGCAAGGCCAAGGAGCAGCCAAUGGGGGGGGCUGAGAAGGGCCCUGGGCCCCCCCCUCAGGGCCCCUCCAUGUGCAUCAAGGAGGAGCCAGGACCCCUCCCCAACCUGCAGGACCCCCGCUUGGGGCUUCUCAUCGCCUCGGCCCCACGGCUCAAAGUGGCCCCCCCGGAGCCCAGCAUGACCCCGAGACCGCCCCCCCCCGGGGAUCUGGGGGUCCUCAUCGCCGCCACCCCCCGGGUGAAGCAGGAGCCGCCGCAGCCCAGCGCGUCCCUGGUGCCGGUGCCCCCCCGGUUCCCCCCCGGGCAGUUGGUGGUGCUGGAUGAGAGCGAGGAGGAGGAGGAGGAGGAAGGCGGCUGCCGAGUGCCCCUCCCGCUGCCCCCUUCCGCCCCCUACUGGCCGGGCUCCUUCCUGGCCGAGCUGGCCGAGAUCCCGCUGCCGGCGCAUUGGGGGGUGGUGGGUCAGGAUGAGGAGGGGUCUCCCCCCCCUUCCCCCUCCCACCCCCCAUCUCCCACCGCCACAGCCCCCCCCCAUCACUCCCACCACCACCACCACCCCCCCAUAGGCGCAGGGCUGCGCUUGGUCCAACGCUCCCCCCGCUCCCCCAUGGCCGCCACCGUGGUGCUCCUGGCUCCGGGACUCGCGUUCCGGGUGCUGGUGGCCCGAGGUCGCCCCGUCCCCCCCGGGCACGAGGUGCUGACCCGGCGCCCCCCCCGCCUGCGCUCGGUGGAUGACCUGGUGGAGCUGCUUUGUGAUCUAGAGGCUUAUCGGCCCUGUCCCGGCCCCCCCGGGGCGCCCCCCCGGCCCCCGGCCCCGCGCUGCCAGGUCCUGGUACCCGGGGGACGGUGCUGCCGGCCCUGCUUGAUGAUGGCGGGGGGGGAGUGA